CUCAACCCUGUGUUCGUUUUUAAAUCCAGUCUGCUGAGUCAUUCGCUCCCAUCUCCCAUGCUGCCUCCCACCAUGCCGCUGUAGCUCAGCCCCUUGCCUCCCCCUCUCUCCCUCCCGCCUCUGUCAGCUCGGGAUACAAGGCUAGACCGAGUAAGCAGCAGCAGCAGUAACGGUGGCAGCAGCUGUCCUAACGAUUCAAGACGUGCUGUGCCUACCGGAGAGGGGAGUACUUCGAUCAACAAGCCAAUAGUUCCGACAGGAAUUUUUCAUUACACAGUUGUUAGGCAAGGAAGCAGGAAGGUGGGGGAAGGCUGAUGUCAUUAGCAAGGGUGUGCGAGUGCAUCAGCAGCCAUGUCACAUGCUGCUAGAUGGGUCAGUGAUGCGGACGGAGAUGCAUGGCAGUUGCACCGGGCACAGAGGCAGCAGAGUCGGAGCUGGCUGCAGUGGGCAGCAGGAGGAUGCUCUUCCCCAACUGUGGUGGCAUACCCAGCUCCCAGGAGAUGCCUUCAUCCAGGGGCCCACCGGGUGUCACAGACCUGGGCCUGGGCCUCCAGUCUCUGCGGCUGUCUGGCUGGGACAGACCUUGGAGCAGCCAGGAGACAGACAACCACACCUCUCCCUCCAAGGUUCAGACCAGCUCACCCUCCAUGCUUGGUAUACUGAACAGCCCCUUCAGUAGCAUCCUUGGGAAGCCCCCAGGCUACAUGCCCCCAGAGUCCAUGAGCAUGACUGCUGACUUCCUGGAGAAGUUCCCCAGCAUGGCUCGCAUCUCAAACCGUCUGGACUCAAGUUCCUUUUUGGAUUCUCGCUCCAGCAGUCCUGAGGACUCGGAGACCAGUGGGUUCAGCUCUGGCUCAGACCACCUCUGUGACAUGCUGUCAACUUUGCGAAUUUCCCCUCCCCUGCCUUAUCUGGCGUCAAACAUGCAGAAGGAUCUGCUGCGACUGGGCUCCCGUCUGGACCCCCAGGACUCCAGCUCUCCUCUGACUCCACCAUCCAGUGCCAGCCCUGCCUCAGCCAUUUCCCGCCGCUGGCGUACUGGCUCUCCCUGGCCUGGUGCAGAGCUGCUCGACCAGUCGGAUGAUACGUUCAGUAUUGAGAGGGAGGCCCGCCUGCACAGACAGGCUGCAGCUGUAAAUGAGGCCACAUUCACCUGGAGUGGUCAGCUGCCUCCCAGAAAUAACAAGGAUCCUCUGUACUCCUGCAAGGUCUUUCUUGGUGGCGUGCCCUGGGACAUCACCGAAGCUGGCCUGAUCAACACCUUCAGUGGCUACGGCCCUCUGACUGUGGAGUGGCCUGGUAAGGAUGGAAAGCACCCUCGCUGUCCUCCCAAAGGUAAUGUUGCUAAAGGCUAUGUUUAUCUGGUGUUCGAGAACGAGAAGUCUGUGCGGGCAUUGCUCCAUGCCUGCUCCCAAGACCCGUUUCACCCAGAGGACAACCGAGAGUACUACUUUAAGAUGUCCAGUCGCAGAAUGCGAUGCAAGGAUGUGCAGGUGAUCCCCUGGGUGAUCUCCGACAGUAACUACGUGCGCUGCCCCGCCCAGCGUCUGGACCCCAGUAAGACGGUGUUUGUUGGCGCGCUGCAUGGCAUGCUGAACGCUGAGGCCCUGGCCAGCAUCAUGAACGACCUUUUCGGAGGAGUCAUGUACGCUGGCAUCGACACGGACAAGCACAAGUACCCCAUUGGCUCUGGACGUGUCACUUUCAACAAUCAGCGCAGUUACCUGAAGGCUGUGUGUGCAGCGUUUGUGGAGAUCAAAACUCCAAAGUUUACAAAGAAGGUGCAGAUUGACCCGUACCUGGAAGACUCCAUGUGUCAAAUUUGCCUUCGCCAACCUGGGCCUUUUUUCUGCAGAGACCAGGCCUGCUUUAAGUACUACUGCCGCUCUUGCUGGCACUGGCAGCACUCCAUGGACAUCUUGAGCAACCACCGGCCCCUCAUGCGCAACCAGAAGAACAGAGACUCCAGCUAAAGCAGAUGGAUCCAAACACUCUGAAGGGCCAGAGGAAGAGCCCCUCUCAAAGGGGCGAGGCUGCACGCCAAGGAGAGCACGUGUGCCAGAUGUCCCUCGGUACGAGGGCACCAUGGCACUCCACCAGGCACUGGGGAUAUCACUGUAGAAAAUGUUCACUUUUGCACUUGCUACAUUUUUGCUGUUCACAGUGGCACUAUGCACAGUGACCUUGUUGGGAAAGACAAGGGGCCCUUCACACUUAUGCAUUUUCACAGACUUGCUGACAGACAGAAAGAUGUGAGUCAGCCUAAGGUUAAGAAGUGGAUGAAAAGGCCAAUUUUUUUCUUUUUUUUUCUUUUUGUUUACUUGUGUUGCAUAGUGAAGAGCAAUCACGCAAGUCUCAUUGCCGUUCAUUGGCAAAUGCCAUACAGUGCCUUUAAAUUUUUAUUUUCCUCCCCCUGCUCCCUCCCUCCCCUACCCCCAGUUGGCAUCUGUUUUUCCUGUGCAAGCCAACUGGUGUUUCUUACUUUUGGGAGUUGAAUGUUGGGCUUCAUUUAACCAGUCGCAUUUCAGACAUUUUUACGCAGUUUUUUACUAAUUUGUACACAAACGGUUUUAAGUCAUAACAUGAAAAUUUUGAACAGAACUACCAGGCGGCUGUUUAUGGGAAAACCCCUCCCCUUUUUUAUUUUUUCAUUUUUCUCAUACUUUUUUUUUUUUUUUUUUUCGUGGCUUUUUCUUUUUUUAAUUUGCCCUUCCAAGUUUCAGCUAAAUGGGCACAAAAUGUUGGAAGUACUACUUUAACUUGCUUUGUUGGUCCAGUUGUAUUAAAUGUGUAACAUUUGUACACUUCAACUGGGCAAUCCAUCGUUUCUCAAGCACCUGAUGGAUCCUGUUGAGAGAGUGAAUGAACAUUUGUUGUACUAAGUUUGAUUUUUGCACUUUUUAAUUUGCACGUGUGGAGAGGUGGCAGUGGUUUUUAAUCACUUUUGUACAUCAGCACGGGGACACGCCUAUGUUGGAACAGCUGCUUGUUUCCUGUUGAAUGUAAGAACUUCCACUUAGCUGACGAUAAACUUAAUCUAUCCAGAGCUUGAGUAGACCCCAGUAAAUGAUUCCAUGCUUUCUUAAUCCCAUUUUGCCUUCUUGUUCCAGUUGGACAUAAACUCAUAAUAAGCUGUGUGCCAAAGACCAAGUGUCUUUUCUUUAUCCAUUACGUUUGUCAUGCUGAGCUUGUUGUCCCUUAGCCCAGCUGCUUUUUAGAGUUUUGAAAGUCUACCUCAUUGUGGUCUGCCAAGUUUGCUGCUACUUGCAGUUGUGGAAUAUGUUCAGAUUGGGCACAAUAAAGGUGUUUAAGCAUUA